UCGGCUCCCCAGCGGCGGCUGAGUGGGUGGCGGCUGCGGCGGCUGCAGCAGCUGAACCGGCGGCGCCGAUCGGCAGCUGGGUCACCCCUCCCUUCCCCGCAACAUCUGCCGCCUUCGCCCUUCCGACGCAGCCGCGCAGCCCGCAGAGAGAGCGAGAGAGUUGCCCGGGCAGAGCCAUGAAGACGGAGAUUUCCACGGCCGCGGGCUUCAUCACCCGCCUCGUCAGGACCCCCGGCGGCAUCGGCGACGAGGAGCUGCGUUGCUUCAGCGAGUCUCUCCAGGAGGCACUCCGAGAUCAUUAUAAGCACCACUGGUUCCCCUUGAUGCCCUCCAAAGGCUCUGGGUACCGCUGCAUUAGGAUCAAUCACAAGAUGGACCCCUUGAUAGGCAAGGCAGCAGGCAUGAUUGGACUAAGCCACGAGAGACUCUUCCAGCUCCUGCCCAGCGAACUAACUCUCUGGGUAGACCCGUUUGAAGUGUCCUAUCGUAUAGGAGAAGAUGGAUCUAUCUGCGUCCUCUACGAAGGCCCUAAACCAGCCAUAAAGAAUGCCAAAGCUCUGGAGAGCAGAAGCAGCUGUAAAGAGGAAUGGAGAAUUGGCAGAGCCAGCCCUUCCAAGAACUACAACAUGAUGACAGUUUCCAGUUAAAAAAAAAAAACAAAAAAACAUUCCCUGUACAAUGAUGUAUGUAUGUAUCCCACUUUGAUAAUGAUGUUAGAUGAUGUAAUUGAUAUGUUGAUUUUCACCCCAUAGUCAUUAAAGUUGUAGUACUACUGCCAAACUCUUUGUUUUGUGGCCAAGGGCUAAUGUAUAAAAACAGUUCUUUUACAUGUUUUCUGGAUUGUAUACUGUAAAUGAAACUGUACAGUCACUGCAAUUGUUUUACAGAUUUAUAUUUUGGAAAAAAAAAUAUCCUUGGCUAUUUGUAAUAAAAAUGAAAUUAAUUUCAUUUAUUUUUUAUUUUUAUAAUGGCUUUUACUUUAGAAUAGCGUUCCUACAUCAUCAUUGCACUUCUUGAGCAAUAACAUAGGGGUGGACAUAAGAAAAGAGAGAUGGGGAUGUGGUUGGGCAUUAUACACUUUAAUAAAAGGGAUUUUUAGAACUUAACCAGUAAUUUGGCUGCACAAACUUUUGUAUUUGGGGAUGUAAACACUGCUGUGGAAUACAAGUAUGCUAUGACUAAAUAUCCAGAAUAUUUUUCCCCCAAAGUUGUCAACCAUGAAAUCUGAGUAUUAUAGAAAUUUGCUGAAUGGUUUGUUCCUGUCACUUUGGUCAAAUAUCUAUUAAACAUUUUAAUGUUUUAAUAUAUCCAAUAUAUAUUAAAUUUAACAAUUAUUCAAGCCUUCAAAAUAUAAUUGUGAAUGCUUUCUUGGGAUUAAAUUGUCUGUUUUGAUCCAC